GACCCAGAUAAAGACACAGAGUGGAAUGACAUCCUGCGCAAGAAAGGUAUCCUUCCUCCAAAGGAAAACCUGGAGGAACGGCAGCGUGCAGAGGAAGAGGAGCAGCUUGCCAUCCUUCAGAAGUCUCUUGUGAAAACUUAUGAGGACAUGACUCUGGAAGAGCUAGAAGAGAAUGAAGAUGAAUUUAAUGAGGAAGAUGAGAAAGCAAUUGAAAUGUACAGGCAGCAGAGGUUAGCAGAAAUGAAAGCAGCGCAAAUGAAGAAUAAAUUUGGGGAGGUUUUGGAGAUUUCAGGAAAAGAUUACAUUCAAGAAGUUACGAAAGCUGGAAAAGAUAUAUGGGUAGUCCUGCACCUCUACAAACAAGGAAUUCCACUCUGUGCCUUAAUAAAUCAACAUAUGAACGGGCUUGCAAGAAAGUUCAGAGAUGUGAAAUUCAUCAAAGCUAUCUCUACCACCUGCAUUCCCAACUACCCUGAUAAGAACCUGCCUACGAUAUUUGUCUACUUGGAGGGAGACAUCAAAGCUCAGUUCAUUGGGCCUUUGGUGUUUGGUGGCAUGAACCUGACAAGGGACGAAUUGGAGUGGAAGAUUUCAGAGUCAGGUGCCAUCAAGACUGACCUUGAGGAGAACCCCAAGAAGCAGAUCCAGGACCAGCUUAUGUCCUCAAUCAGAGCACGUGUCCCAGCCAGGAGUGAGAGUGACUCAGAGGAUGACUAACUUCUGCAGCAGCAUCAAGUACUUUGGAAGCCAGUGUUCCCACCUAGAGUACUGGAGACACCCAUGAAGAUCUCACUAAGCCCCAGAAGAGUAGUAUUUCAAGACAAACAUUUAUCUAGAAACUUUUAGAAACUAAAAAAGUUUUGAGGUUUU